AUGAAUAUAUCACCCAACAGACCAUUAGCUGAUGAAAAUGAAGAGAUUCCAUGUGUAUUAAUUGGCGAUGAAGCUUUUACACUAAGCCCUUACUUAAUGAGGCCAUUUCCUUAUAGACAGGCACGAAAUGACAACAGCAAAGAGAGAUUUAAUUAUCAUCUAUGCAGAGCCCCACGCGUAGUGGAAAAUACCUUUGGAAUAUUGGCACAUAAAUGGCGUCUAUUUUUUAGACCACUAGAAGUUAAAGUUCAAACAGCUACAAAACUUGUGAAGGCAGCAUGCCUAUUGCACAAUUUGCUGCGCACAAGAAACACUGACGAGCAAUUUUUGCACUUACAAGAAAACUCUAAUAUUCCUUUACCAGUAGUUGAUAAUCUGGCGGUUGACGGAAGAAGAGCAGUAAACGAAGCUUUUGAAAUACGUGAAAAAUUCGUUACUUAUUUUAGUAAUUUAUAA